GCUGGGGGCAUCCACAGACGAUGCAGUGGGCACGGGGCUGGCGGCCACUGCGGGCGGCGCUGCUGCUGGCCGCCCUGGCCGUGCUGCUGCAGGGCAUCCGGAGCUGGCUGGGCACCAGGACCUUCGAAUUCCAGCGCCAGGAGAUCGCCCAUCUGGCGCGCCAGUACGCAGGGCUGGACCACGAGUUGGCCUUCUCCAAGAUCAUCGUGGAGCUGCGGCGUCAGCACCCGGGCCACAUCCUGGAGGAUGAAGAGUUGCAGUGGGUGUUUGUCAACGCCGGCGGUUGGAUGGGGUCCAUGUGCCUGCUACACGCCUCCCUCUCCGAGUACGUGCUGCUCUUCGGCACCGCGGUGGACUCCAGUGGCCACUCCGGCCGUUACUGGGCUGAGAUCUCCGACACCAUCAUCUCCGGGACCUUUCGCCAGUGGAAGGAGGGAAUGACCAAGAGUGAAAUCUACUACCCUGGCGAGACCGUCGUGCACCAUCCGGGGGAGGCGGCAGCAGUGCAGUGGAGUGCAGGCACGUGGAUGGUGGAAUACGGGCGAGGCUGCAUCCCCUCGACGCUGGCCUUCGCCCUGGCUGACACGUUGUUCAGUACUCAGGACUUCCUGACACUCUUCUACACGCUGCGAGCCUACGCCCGGGCCCUGCGCCUGGAAGUCGCUGCCUAUUUCUCCGGCCAGGGCCACUGAGCGGCCCGGGGGCCGGGGUCGGUGGGGGGCAGCCGGCCGGGGGCUUCCUGGCGGAGGGGGGCAUCCCAGGCCUCCACACGCCCAAUGCUGCCAGCUGAGAUGGUGGGAUCCACCCCCUGGCCGGUACUGUCAUCCCCCACCCCCCUCUCCUCACUCCUGAGCCUUAUCCCCAUUGCCCCUCCCUGGCUAUGCAACAGGGGGCCCGGUGCCCCUCCCCCUUCAGAGUCAUCAUGGUCCUCCCCUACUCCCCUUUACUCAGCUUCCCAGACCCCUCCUCCUUUUUCCCCUUUCUCCCGCUACCUUGGUCCUGGGAGCCGGAGGGGGCUGGGGCCCCUCCUGCUCAGCUGAUCAAUAAGAAGGUGGUAUCUGGA